CAUAGUGGCGCGCGCGCUGAGGACGUCACGCGCAAUCGGCAUCCCUCCCAUAUCCAUGCUCCCGCCAUUCUCGGGGUUUCUGUUCAAAAAUCCUUGCCGAGGCCCAGUGCGGACGCGCCGCGGGCGAGCGCCAUGGCCGCCAAGCCCAUCUGGGAGCAGAUCGGCGCUGGCUUUGUCCAACACUACUACCAACAGUUCGACCUCAACCGCUCGCUGCUGAGUCCCCUCUACAUCGAUGCAUCCUGCUUAUCCUGGGAAGGGGAACAGUUUCAGGGAAAGGCAGCCAUAAUGCAGAAGCUCACGAGUCUGCGGUUCACGAAAAUAGCGCACAGCAUCACAGCACAAGACCACCAGCCUACACCAGACAGCUGCAUUCUCAGUAUGGUCGUGGGUCAGCUCAAGGCGGAUGAUGACCAGGUAAUGGGAUUCCACCAGGUGUUUCUCCUCAAGAACAUCAACAACACCUGGGUGUGCACCAACGACGUCUUCAGGCUAGCGCUGCACAACUUUGGCACCUGAAUCGGGGGCUCCCCACACCGCGCCUCCCGCCCCCACCACCCACCACCAGCGCCGCUCCCACCACCAGCGCCGCUCCACCUCCAACGCCGCUCCACCUCCGCCUGAAAACCUUUAUCCUCCUCCGUCUUCCCCGCUUGUCGCCUUCUCUUCGCCUUCUCUCCGCCUUCUCUCGUGCCGGCCCCAGCAUUCCCUGCCAUGUGUCGGCUCCGCCUUGCUCUGCUCGCGAUCCGCUCGCGAUCCGCUCGCGAUCCGCUAACCCCCCCCAUCCCCAACCUGAUAUCCGGCCCAAUCUUAUCGCGGUGCACGCGUGUGCCCUCUUACGUGAUUGCAGCUGUUGACGCUUAACGAACCUUGAAAGGAAAACUAAACGUACGAAAUGAGGGUCGCACACGCGGGGCGCUUGGUACCACGCGCUCUCGUGGCAGAAGGACGACGCCUCUGCAGACUUGAGCUGCGCCGCAGUCUGACCCGACCGACUUUGGCGAUAGCGACCUCGGGUGCCAAUUAUUACCACUGUGUGUGUUCUUUCUGACCCCCGAACUUUGCAAGGAAGACUUGUGGCUGCAUGAACAUGUUUUGUCAAACUGGUUUAGACGACUUAUAAAGGUGAUUUCCAAAUGCCAAUGAAGUGACGUCUGCAAGUGUAAUGAGGAGAGGCUGCUUAGAAAUCGUUUCCAAUUGGCUUGAUAUGGUCAGAUGAGCAGUCAAAUGUUUUACCCGAAUGUUUAAGAUGAAGCGAAAACGAAAAUGACAAAAAUUUACGAAUGUUGGAAGUUGUCAUUUUAUUUUGGCUUAUUUUAUUUCGUCGUUCCCUUGCCCGCCAUCCUCCCCCCAUUUCCCCCGUCGCAUUGGCAAAUGCCGGCAAAAGCACUGAAUAAAGUUGACUUCACAGCUCUCUUCCUUCUGGGAUGAUACCCAAUUAUACUUGACGCUUAAUCGGCCACGCUCGCUUUAUUUUCAGCCCUUGCUGCCACUUGGGCCCAACGAGCAGCUCCCUCUUUGCCUCGCACGGACAGAUUGACCUGCUACUACUUAGUAGGCCACGGUUUGAUGAUGCCCGCUCUGACUCUACACAAACGCGCAGAAGACCGCCGCCGCACACCGUUAUCUCCGUGUGGCUUGUGUCUUGAAUUAUUGGAAUGUUUGGCGGUUACCGACAUUAAAUCAGUUUUAGAAAAA